AUGCUCGGAGACGAAUCGGAGUUAAACUUGGGUGUUGUUAGGGAUGUCCUCUCUCUAUGUGGCUAUGAAGUUGAAAGGGCCUUGGAUGCCUUGCUUGAGUUGUCUUCUUCUUCCUCGAGUGAGACGUGGUAUUGCGUGGGACUGCUGGGAGACACUGAUCAGAGUUAUGCAGAAGUUCUUGCCGGUAGCACUUCCGGAGCUCACCGGAGUUCGAGCUCAGAUGACCUCUCUAAGAUAGUGUUGGAAUCUUUGUUCAACAAGUCUAAUAAGAGGAGUCGACCUGAUAAAGAAGAACCGAGAACCAUGAACUCUUGGAAGAAAAGUGCCAAGAAAGUGCAAGACUCUUCGGAAUCCAAGCUCGUUGUUGCCAGAGGAGGUGAAUAUGAUGCAUAUAGAGGGGCUGCAAAGCAGCACUGGGAUUCAGUAACGUCCGACUACCAGAAAGCAGCAAAUGCAUAUUCAAACGGAUCUCGGGCGUAUGCAGGUUAUCUCUCUGAGCAGGCGAAAGUGAAGGCGAAACUGGCAAGAGAGGCGGAUGAGAAGCAUGUCAAGCAAGCAAUGAGGCUUUUGAAAAUCCAGCUUGUGGAUGGGGCUAAUGAGCAAUCGCUAAGGCGCCUCAGGGUUAUCACCGGCCGUGGUGCAGAAAGGUCUGUUCUGAAACAAUCUGUCAUCAGACACGUCCAGAACGAAGGUAUCAAAUGGAGGGAAGAGAAUCCGGGAGCCGUACUGAUCAAGCUAGCUUCACAGAGACAACUUCAGGUUCAUGGAUAG